AUGGCGACAGUGACCAAAAAGGCGGCAUCCCAGCCUCAGAGCAAAAUACUCAGCUUGCUUCCUCCUUCCUUGGUGCCUUACGCUGAAUUAACACGAAUUCAUCGACUUUUGGGUAUCUACCUCAAUACUUCUCCUUAUUUUGUUGGUGUUGCCUUCAGCGCAUCAAUUGCCACAGAUCUUCCAGUAGUCAUUCUGCUUCAUCGCCUUGCGCUGUUCUCUGUUUGGUCAUUCUUUCUACGCUGCGCUGGAUGCGUUUGGAAUGAUCUCAUCGACUCAGAUCUAGAUCGCCAAAUCGCUCGGACAAAAUCUCGACCAAUUCCACGAGGCGCCGUAUCAAAACGGGAUGCUGCCAUUUUUACCGUUGCCCUCUUUGCGUGUGGUAGCUCGGUUUUGUUCUUCCUUCCGUCGCAAUGCACCAUCGAAGCUAUUGUCAUCAUCUUCUUCGCCCUGCUUUAUCCUUUCGGCAAGAGAUUCACAGAUUACCCGCAGGUAACUCUAGGGAAUAUCGGGUGGGCUAUUCCUAUGACGAUGCAUAGUCUAGGGGUGAAUCCCCUGGACCAUCUUAUGCCCACCGUUUGUAUGUUCAUGUUCAUCGCAACAGUCAUCAUUAUGGUCGAUGUGGUCUACGCUUGCCAGGAUACUGAAGAAGACUUGAAAGUCGGCGUGAAAAGCAUGGCGGUUCGGUUCCGAAAUUCCAUAAAUCUUCUCGCAUACGCGCUCUUCUACAGUUCCAUUGCGCUCUUUGCAUCCGCUGGGCUCUUCAUUGGCCUUGGUCUCCCAUUUUUUGUUGUAUCCGUCGGUGGGCAUUUCUUCGGGUUCAAGAAUCUCCUCAAGGCUACCCAGAUCGGUAAAUCGUCUGGAGUGGAGAAGAGUGCAAAGUCAUAUUGCUUCCUAAGCAGUAUCUUCUGGGUGCUCGGGCUUGGGAUUGAGUACUGUGUGCGUGGGAACUAA